GCUUCUAGGACAUAUAUAUAAACCAAAAUAAUAAGGAUCCAUUUAACUGAAUAUUGCUGUUGUUGCAGGUCUUAAAUCUUGAGUUUAAUAAUAACAAAAAUACAGAAUGACGAACAUAAAAAGUGGUUUUAUGAGAUUCAAUGCAAGAAAAUACUCUCUCAGUUGUAAGAGCAGAAGCUAUUUCAUUGGAAGAUGUUUGAACUCUGCACCAAGAGCAAUAGCUCAUAAAAACUGUGGCCACUUGAUAGAGAGGUACCUGUCCAGUUCUCUGCUGUCAAUAGGCAUAUCUUCUGAUAGAAGGUGCACCAGCCUCGAUUCGAGGUCGAACACAAGCCAGAGAAGUUAUAAGCUGAGGUUUUACAGCUCCGAAGCUGAUGUACAAAAUGCAGGUGGCGAUAAAGAGAAUAAGGCUGAAGAAACAAGCACAUCUCGAUUAUCAAAGCGAGGAGAAAGAUUUAGGGAUGAGUUCUUGAGCAGGAUUGUUCCAUGGGAGAAAAUACCUGUCUCAUUUGAGAAUUUUCCUUAUUACAUUGACAAUGAGACUAAGUCCCUCCUCGUGGAAUGCGUGGCAUCACAUUUGAAACACAAGAAAUUCAGAAAAUAUGGAUGUGUUUUGAAAUAUUCUAGUAACAGGAUUCAGCUUCGGAGCAUUCCAGGUACGGAACUGUACCGGGAAAGACUGGUGAGUGCAGUGGCUCGGGAUUUGCAGGUUCCAUUGUUGAAGCUUGACAGCAGUGUUUUACCUCCAUAUGACAUAAGCCAAUGCAGCAGCACUGAGCAGGAAUUGGAGGAGGAAGGUUCAGAAUCAGAGUCGGAUCAAGACUCAGAUUAUUAUUAUGAUGAUGCAACUGAUGAGGAAAACAAUGAUAGUGAUGAAGAAGAUGAUAGUGAUGAAGAAGUUGAUACUUCAGCUAAAACUAUGCUUAAGAAAGGGGACAGAGUGAAGUACACUGGAGAUACCACUUCCAUUGAAGAAGUUAACAACAGGACUUUGCCCUCUGGUCAUCGAGGGGAGGUGCACGAAGUGAAUGGUGACAGAAUAGCAGUUAUCUUUCAUGAUUGUGGUCUGAAAAGAACGGAAGAAGAGAAGGACGAGAGAAGCACGGAAGCAACUGCACAAGAAAUACUUACUUGGCUUGAUGCAAAAGAUGUCAAACGUGAGGACAGAGCUCAAGUGCAUGACUGCUUCAUUGCUAUGGACUUGCUAUAUGAGGUGCUAGAGUCUCGGCAACCAAUUGUUGUCUAUUUUCCAGAUUCCUUCUUUUCAAUCUUAAGGAAAGAAGCUUCAUGGUUAGAGCAUUACCAUUUCAUCGAGAAGGCCAAAAACAUGUUUGAAAAGUUAUCAGGACGCGUGGUUUUGAUUUACGGGCAUAACAAGAGGGAAGUUGGAUCAGAAGUAACUAAGAAAUUUCCUAAUUCGAUGAAGCAAUAUAUUAACAGCUUAGAGGAUGCUAGAAUUUCGCAGCGUCAAAUCAAUAAGCUUUUCACUAAUGUCAUGUGUAUACAACCACCCAAGGAUGAAGAUUUGAAUGCGUUUAUCAAACAGAUUGACGAAGACAUAACAACAGUGAUAUCACAAGCCAACAUAAGUGCAAUGCAUCAGGUGCUCAAGGCACACAGAUUAUUAUGCAAGGAUUUGGAGCAAGUAAACAUUACAGAUAUGAUAUUGACAAGAACACAAGCAGAGAAGAUUGUUUCCUGGGCUACAAAUCAUUACCUCUCCUCAUCCCACCAUCCUUGCGUUAAGGAUGAUUUAAUGCUUAUCUCUAAUGAGAGUCUUGAACUUGGGAUUUCAAGGUUAAAUAAACAGCAUAAAUCCAAGAAUCCAGCUCAAAAGAGUAUCAAGGAUCUUGCAGAAGGUAGCUAUGAGAAAAGGCUUGUUUCAGCAGUAGUUAGUGCAGGUGAUAUUGGUAUCAAGUUUGAUGAUGUUGGUGCCCUUGAACAUGUGAAGAAGACACUAUAUGAAACUGUGAUUCUCCCACUGAAGAGGCCUGAGCUUUUCUCCCAUGGAAUUCUGGGAAAGCCUUGCAAAGGGGUACUACUUUUUGGGCCUCCUGGGACUGGAAAAACACUAAUGGCAAAGGCGCUUGCAACCGAAGUAGGCGCUAAUUUCAUCAAUGUUACCACUGCAACUCUAACUUCUAAGUGGUACGGAGAGACAGAAGGUCUUACAAGGGCACUCUUCUCCUUUGCCAGAAGGCUAGCUCCUGCAAUAAUUUUCGUGGACGAGGUUGACAGUUUGCUCGGAAAUCGUGACGAUAGUCAUGAGUUUGACAAGAGUAGAUUGAAUGAGUUUAUGGCAGCUUGGGAUGGUUUGAUCUCGAAAGACAGUGAGAGAAUUCUAGUGAUGGGAGCCACAAAUAGGCCAUUUGAUUUAGAUGAUGCUGUUCUUCGCCGCAUGCCAAGAAGGAUUUAUGUGGGGUUACCAGAUGCCGAGAAUCGUUGCAAGAUACUCAAGAUUCUUCUAAGAGAAGAAAAUGUAGAAGCAGAUUUUAGUGUGAAGCAACUUGCUGAGGCCACUGAAGGUUACUCUGGAGAUGACCUCAAGAACCUGUGUGUUGCUGCUGCAUAUAGACCUGUCCAUGAAUUACUCCAACGAGAAACCAAGGGUGAGAAGUGUGAUGGAGGUGCAGCACUAAGACCACUCAACAUGGACGAUUAUAUUAUUUCUAAAUCCAAGGUGAGGCCAUCUGUUUCGUCUGAUUCAAGUAGCAUUAAGCAGCUGCAAGAAUGGGACGAGAAAUAUGGUGAAGGAGGCUGCAACCGUUUUUAAUUUCAAACUUGAGCUCUGCAUUUAAUUUUACCAUUUUAUCUUUAGAAACAAAGUUACUUUUUCAUUUUCCUUUAAGAAACAAAGUAAUCUAGUAAUCUACGGUUACAUUAGUUCAAUAUAAUCUCCUCGUGCUAAGGGUAUGUCUGCUUUUUAUUCAUAUAUAGAUAUCACGUUUUGUAUAUCUUAUUUAUUUUGAAUGAUAAUAUAUUUAUCUCAUUCUUUGUAA